CUAAGCCCUCCACUCCCGACACCAUGCACUGCAACAACUUCUCCGAGGCUGUCUUCCCAGGAUGCUACUGGGGCACCUAUGGCUACCCGCUGGGAUAUAGUGUUGGCUGUGGCUAUGGCAGCACCUACUCCCCAGUGGGCUAUGGCUUCGGCUACGGCUACAAUGGCUGUGGGGCUUUUGGCUACAGGAGAUACUGGCCAUUUGCUCUCUACUGAUUGGCUGAAAUCCCCGAGGCGUAGAAUCUUCUCUCCCCUGAAGGCUGAGCAGCACAUCUCCAGGUUCCCCCCGUAUCCACUCCUUCAUUCCUCAUUUGCUCAUCAACCUCAGAGACACUGC